AAUGCAGUGAUUUGUCAGAGCUGGAGCUGAGAGCGCGGUGCUGACCCAGACUUCCUUGAGGCUCGGCGGUGUCUGCAUCACACUGCUUUGGACAGCAUGAAGGCGCUCCUGAUCACCUGUCUGCUGGCGCUGUGGCUGACGGCGGCCUCGGCCUGGAUGUCUGGCCCGGAGCUGCGCCACAGACCCGGAUCUUUACCCAACGGAUACAUCAGCGAAUAUUUGAAGUCAAGGAGAGCGAGGAGGGCGCUACCUCCUGCUGAUGAGCCGGAUGCAAGCAUUGCACCAAAGGAAAGUGGCGGCGGCGGUGCCGAUUUGCCCACCUGCCUGCUAUGCGUCUGCCUGUCCGGUUCUGUGUACUGUGAGGAGGUGAGUCCAGACAUGACCAGCGUCCCCCUGCUGCCCAAAGAGACCGCCUACCUGUACGCUCGCUUCAACAAGAUCAAGAAGAUCGGGAAAAACGACUUCGGAGACACUGUGACCCUGAAGAGGAUCGACCUGACAGGAAAUAUGAUCUCAGAGAUCGACGACGCCGCCUUCUCCAAGCUCACCCUGCUGGAGGAACUGUCUCUGGCUGAGAACAGACUGGCCAAACUCCCCGCUCUCCCCGCCAAGCUCACCUCCUUCAACGCCAAUGGCAACCUGCUCAAAACCAAGGGCGUAAAAGCCAACGCCUUCAAGAAACUGACCGGCCUGGCCAACCUGUACCUGGCCAACAACCAGCUGGAGGCCGUCCCCUUCAUCCCAGAGAGCGUCCGCAUCCUACAUCUACAGGACAACAACAUCACGGAGGUUAACACAGACACCUUCUGCAAGUCCGACAACUCCUACUAUCUACGACUGAGCCUGUCUGAGGUCCGGAUGGAUGGGAACCCGGUGGUGCUGUCCAAGUACCCUGACAGCUUCACCUGCAUGAAAGUGCUGCCUGUGGGGCGGUACCGCUGAGGAGAACCAAUGUCCCAAAGACUCACUCUAAGGCCUCUGCAGCAGAAUGGUUCUGGUUCGGUUAGUGUUGUCACUUUAACGAGCAGCGACGGGUCCAGCUCGGCUCCCCUCCUGACUCUAAAGAGAUUCUCUUAGAUUUUAAUAAUAAUAGUUCUGGACUGACAGAACCUUCAUCUUAGAUCUGGAAAAAGACCCAGAAUAAAAUAGAAUUUAUAUUAAAAGAAGGGAAAUUUAUUCUGCAUGACGAACACGUCCUGCUCAUUGGAGGAUCCCCGCUCAUUCAAAAUAAACUGGCUCCUUAAUUUACUUCUAAUAAUUUUCCCAGGUAAUAACAGGUGAGUUUUUUCUUCUGGUCUAAUCUAAUUUAAUCUCGUCGUCAUGGUGAUCCUUUGUCAACUGAACAUUUUAAGACGUUUCCCUCUGGAUGCAACGCUGGAUAAAUGAGCUGUGAUUAAUUCAAGCAUCCGACUCGUCUGCAUGGCCUUGCAGACAACGGUGGUGAUGAUGAUGAUGAUGAUGAUGUUCUGUAACUUGACUUCAGUUUGUUUUCUAAUUUAUGGUCCAGUUGAGGUGAGCUGGAGAACAUGUAUCUAUGAACUUCAGUAAUGUGAAAGUUACUCUCUUGUUUUCACUUCUUUUCCAGGUAAAUAAAUCUUUGUUUAUGAUAACUGAUGUGAAUAAGAGGAGCUGUACAGAAGGAGGAGUGUGUAACAUGGCUGUAUUUGAUAUGUUAAUAAACUGUUUUUGAUUACAGUCA